CGGGGGUGGGAGGGGAGCUGAGGGGAGCGCCUGAAGGGGGUAGCGGGGCCAAGGGAGCCCCGCAGCCCUGCCGCCAUCAGAGAUCAAGCAUCUGGCAUCAGGGAUCUUCGGACCCAGGAGAAGGAUCAGCCAAGGGGAGGUGUCCUCCUGGGGAAGCCAACGAGAGCUCCACCCGCCCCGCACCAGGAGUGGCCCCCGCCCCAACCACUGACGCUGCUGGCAACCAGACCAGGCCCCCAGCCCCUAAGCUUCCACCCGAUCGCCCCCCUUCAAACCCUUUCCCCCACUUACCAGCACCCCUGCUACCGCCCUAACCGAUCAAGUCUGGGCCACACUGACCCCCAUCCUGGGAUAUUUGCCAGGCCUCUGGGAGGGAGAUCGUUUGUUUGGGCUAUGCCCCCUGGUGGCAUGACCGUUUCGGUCUAGACCCCUGACCCCCAGCCCUCAACUCCCUAGGCCUCCUUUGUGUGAAAAACUGCCCCUCUGCUCAGCACUGUGGUUGGGGGCCGACGGGAGAGCCAGCCCCGGCUGGGCCCCGGCCCCCACCACCCGCCUCCCUGCCGGGCAGCUCCCCCUGGCCCUUGGGCCUCUCCCUGCUCCCCUCGGCCCCUCCUCCUGGGCCGUCCCAAUGAAGGAGCCGGAUGCCAUCAAGCUGUUUGUGGGGCAGAUUCCGAGGCAUCUGGAGGAAAAGGAUCUGAAGCCCAUCUUUGAACAGUUUGGUCGCAUCUUCGAGCUGACUGUCAUCAAGGACAAGUACACUGGGCUGCACAAGGGAUGUGCCUUCCUGACAUACUGUGCCCGCGAUUCAGCCCUGAAGGCCCAGAGCGCCCUGCACGAACAGAAGACGCUUCCAGGGAUGAACAGGCCCAUUCAGGUCAAGCCAGCCGACAGCGAGAGUCGAGGAGAAGACCGGAAGCUCUUUGUGGGGAUGCUAGGGAAGCAGCAGACAGAUGAGGACGUUAGGAAGAUGUUCGAGCCUUUCGGGACCAUAGAUGAGUGCACUGUGCUCCGGGGGCCAGAUGGCACCAGCAAAGGCUGUGCCUUUGUGAAGUUCCAGACCCAUGCUGAGGCCCAAGCCGCCAUCCACACCCUCCACAACAGCCGGACCCUGCCAGGUGCCUCAUCCAGCCUGGUGGUGAAGUUUGCUGACACCGAGAAGGAGCGAGGUCUCCGCAGAAUGCAGCAGGUGGCGAGCCAGCUAGGCAUGUUCAGCCCCAUCGCUCUCCAGUUCGGAGCCUACAGCGCCUACACCCAGGCUCUGAUACAGCAGCAGGCAGCGCUGGUGGCAGCGCACAGCGCCUACCUCAGCCCCAUGGCCACCAUGGCUGCUGUGCAGAUGCAGCACAUGGCUGCCAUCAACGCCAAUGGCCUCAUUGCCACCCCCAUCACCCCCUCCUCAGGAACCAGCACCCCUCCCGCCAUCGCUGCCACACCCGUGUCUGCAAUUCCUGCUGCCCUGGGUGUCAACGGCUACAGCCCAGUGCCCACCCAGCCCACCGGGCAGCCUGCCACUGAUGCUUUGUAUCCCAACGGGGUUCACCCCUACCCAGCCCAGAGCCCCGCGGCCCCCGUGGACCCCCUCCAGCAGGCCUACGCGGGGAUGCAGCACUAUACAGCAGCCUACCCCACAGCCUACAGCCUGGUGGCACCUGCAUUCCCGCAACCUCCUGCCCUGGUCGCACAGCAGCCCCCACCGCCCCCCCAGCAGCAGCAGCCGCAGCAGCCCCAGCCGCAGCAGCGGGAAGGUGUGCCUGGGCAGGGUCCUGCUGGCCCUGAUGGCUGCAAUAUCUUCAUCUACCACCUGCCCCAGGAGUUCACUGACUCAGAAAUCCUCCAGAUGUUUGUCCCCUUUGGCCAUGUCAUCUCAGCCAAAGUCUUUGUUGACCGGGCUACCAAUCAGAGCAAGUGUUUUGGCUUUGUGAGUUUCGACAAUCCAGCCAGUGCCCAGGCUGCCAUCCAAGCCAUGAACGGUUUCCAGAUUGGCAUGAAGCGCCUCAAAGUCCAGCUAAAGCGGCCUAAGGAUGCCAACCGGCCCUACUGAGGGCCCCAGGUCUGGAGACAACAGAGGAAGGGGCACUUCCCCCUUCCCCAUGACUGGCCCCAGCCCUCUCUGCACAUCUGCCCAGGCCUUGAUUGGGCUCUGGGGCAAAAGCUGCUUCAUGGCCCUGGUGGCACAGGACACCAGCCCACUCCUACCACUCCUCCUUUCCUGAGAGGCUUGUUUGCUCCCAGGUGCCCUUUUGGCCUCUGUGAGGGAGCAAGGGACAGGCUUGAAGGCUCUGGAGCAUCUGCCUUCUGCUGGGGCUCCUGUGGCAGGCCUUCGCACCGGCCUUCCCCCACAGCUGGCCUGUUCUUCCUCUGUGGCCCUGGAAGGGCAACAGGGGCCUCCCACAUGUUCCCCAUCACACCAUCAACCCCAGCCUCUUCUCCACAUUAGGGGUAUCUCAGAAGGUGGUUCUUCCUCCCCGCCACCCUCAGCUAGAGGUAGGAUAUCCCUGAACCCUGGGCACCCAGCCCUGAAACUCAACUGCCUCUCCCAAGGGCCCCCUCUGAGGAGGGUGUUGGGGAGCCCUGAAGGCUGCCCUUCUACCAGUCAGCCACAGAGACCCUCCUCCUUUCAUGAGGAAAAGACCUCUCCCAAGCCCCUAAAAAUGUUUACAGUCUCUGCUGGUCCCCUCCUUGUAAAUACCACUACCACCCGUGCAUUAUCGAGCCUGGCCUGGCCCGGAUGCUGCCAUCUCUCUUUCUGGGAGUUUAGACAUUGUUUCCCUUGGAUUUUUUCUCUCUUGAUUUCUCCCUUUGUUUUGGAGGGUAAUUGGGUAUUUGGGAGGUGGGGUGUGGGGAGGGCUAAAGGGGUUUAUUACAUGAUCAUUUUCUUUAGGAAGAGGUUUUAGGAGAAAAAAAUGGGGUGGGUGUGGGUGUGGUAAGGGGAGACUGGAGAGUCAGUUUCAGACACUUCUCUAUGCUUAACUUAUUUAUUUAUUGCAUUUUACUUUUAAAGAGUUGGUCUUUUCUGUUU